AUGCAGCCCUUCCUCAAAGUCGCCAUCUGCGGCGGCGGUAUUGGUGGUCUCACCCUCGCCUCGUUCCUUUCAAAAAAGUUGACUAAUGGCAGCAUCGCCGUCGACGUUUACGAAACGAACUCCGAUAUUCGAACCAUUGGUGCUGGAAUCGCGAUAUGGAAAAGGUACUGGGAUGUUCUCCAGGACCUUUUGAACAUCGAGAAUGACUGCCUUGAGAGGGGCAUCUCUCUGCCCAAGGACAACGGCGUCCGCGGACCCACACUUAGGAAAUCCGACCUUUCCUCGGGAGGCCACGACUUUUACUCUCUAACUCAGGGCCCCAUGAUCAUCUCCCGUGUCGCUUUACUGGACAUACUUCAAACCAAACUCGACUCUGCUAUCUGCACAAUCCACACUUCAAAGCGGCUCGUUUGUUACACAUCGACCGAGCCGCAGGACCCAGUGACACUCCACUUCGCCGACGGAACGACAGCCACGGCGGAUCUCUUGGUUGGCGCGGACGGCAUUCAUUCGCGAGUACGCAUGACUAUGUUCGCGGAUUUCCCGAUUUACGCCCAGCCACGGUUCAGCGGGCAGCUCGCAUACCGCAUGCAGGCUGACAUAAAGAAGAAUACUUCAGAACGUCUUCUCAGGCUCUCUCAGAGCCCCGGCAUGACCAUCUGGUGUGGUAAGGGCAGGCAUGUCACCUCGAACACUCUCGGCGAUGCCAUCCACAUCACCGCAUAUGAUAACGUCUCCGCCGACAAUGAUGGUCCACUUCCCGAUCCAUGGGUCCUCGAUGUCCCUGUGCAGGAGGUGUCCGACAACUUCCGUGAUUGGGAGCCAGAUCUCGUUAGCCUCCUACGGUCAGCCCACACCGCCUCUCGGUGGGCCAUCCACGUCGUAAACGCCCUCCCACGCUUUGUGUCCGGCAAAGUUGCGCUCUUGGGCGACGCUGCACACGCCAUGACGCCGCACCAGGGCCUCGGCGCUGGUCAAGGGAUCGAGGACGCGUAUAUUUUGUGCCUCCUCCUUGCGCACCGCGCCACAACAGCCUCCAACUUGAUGGACGUGCUUGAGAUCUAUGAUAGGAUCCGGCUGCCGCAGGCUCAGCGAGUAGCGGCGCAGUCGUUGAGUAACGGGUUGGCAUAUGGUUUCCUACUAGACAGGUUCGAGGGCAUGCCGUUAGAGACGAUCGGGCAGGAGCUGGGGGAAAGUGUCCAGUGGCUGAUGAGCGCUCAGGGGUGUCAAGAAGAGUGGGCAAAGGCCGAAGCGAUGAUGGACGAGCUAAACUUGUAG